CGUGGCGAUGGAGGGCGUUAUUCGAUGCGAUUUUCCGGUGGUACCACAAAAGCGGGUCAUCCAGCAUCAACGUUAAUUGGCAAAAAUGAAAGGCCACCUUUCCGUGUUGGUGGUAGCAGCAAAGCUCAGACAAGUGGUACAGGAUCGCACAAGGAGAGCGCCGAGAUGACGGCGUGGCUAAGGCGAAAGGAUUAUAACCCGAUGAAAGCUGCAGCCGAAGCUAAAAAACUUCAGCAGUUGAAAGCACGGGCUGAUAAAUUUAUGUCAAGUCGUUCAAUUUCAUUUCAUCAAGGAGCUCGCCCAUUUACUGGCUUCUCACCAAUUGUUCGAGAUUUGAGUCGUGCACGCCACAAUAGGUCGCAGGAUGAUCUGCUCGCGGAUGAUGUCGCUUGUGGACCAGAAACAAUCCUUGCCAGUUAUUCAAAAGGUAUUACUAAGGACCUGAAUAAACUGCGAUCAGUCGACGCUGCAAAAGACAAGGUUAUGACGCUCGUUAUUUGUCGUGAUAUGGAAAACAGCAACUUUGCUUGUAUGAAUGGCCUUGAAAAUGCUGUGCAGCAGCUCACAGUGAAAUGUACUCGAAGUAUCGAACUGAUACGGUAG